GAUCCUUUGAACUUGGUGACACAUCCUCACUCAACAUACUUUUUCUCAAUUGCUGACUUCCUCUGUGGUUUGCUAGUAUUUUGUUUUUAGCAGAGGAGUAGUUAGAAAACAACACAGGUUUCAUUUCCUCAUUUUCGAGCCUCACUCUUCAUGAGGGCCAGAAAACUCUCUCAAACUGUGAAAGGCUUCAGGGUGAGCAGUGGAUCUCUCUUCCCCCUCUCCAGGGGCCCUCAGAUAGGAUCUUGCACAGAAAGGAGCCAUGAAUCUCUGGCUUUGGUCACUUUACUUCCUUCCAGGUAAGUGCUACGGGGAAGCAACAUUCCUCAGAGUUCUUAUGAGAUUCAACUUGGUCACAGGUAUCGGAGUUGCUCGGCGUCUUCACCUCGGAUGUUUCCAGACAGAUUCUGUUGCAAACCAGUACCUAGGGCAGGGCAAGGAUGGAGGUCCUCCGCCUCUCUGCCAGUGCUCCUUGCUCCAUUCCAGACACUUCUCCUGUUCGAGUCAAGUGUAUCUGGGGCUCUGAAGAUCCUCCCAGCAGUCAAUCUGGAGGGAGAGCUAGGAGGAUCCGUUACCUUCGAGUGUCCACUGCCUAAAACGUACAGCAGGAUCUAUCUGUGCCGGGAGAUGGCUGCGCCUGGAGUGUGUGCCACUGUGGUGUCCAACGGGAACUUCGCCAAGAAAGAAUACAUUGGUCGAGUCUCCCUGAACGUGUGCAGAAAAAAGAAUCUGUUCCUGGUGGAGAUGACAGGGAUGACUGAGGAUGACAGUGGAGUCUAUGCCUGUGGGGUGGGACUAAACACAGACCGGGGCAAGACCCAGCAAAUCACCCUGAGCAUCAGCAAGUAUUAUCCAUUCUGGGAGGAGGAGAUGGCACUUCAGACCCCAGGAUGGUUUCACAGACUUCUAUAUCUGACGGCGGCCUCUACGGCCCCUUGGUUCCAGAUGCCUGAAGAUGCCAUUCCUUCUGAAUUCGUAUUCAAAGUAACACCAGCUCCGAGGACUCAGGCCCCUCCGGCCGACCACCCGUUGCCUGCUACCCCAAUCACCCACCACUCUCCAAUUUCCAGAGCAUCUUCAGUGGCAGCUGGCAAGCCGCCAACACUCCUGCCAGCCACCACAGCCUCAAAGACUUCAGCUCGGGAGGAGGAGGUCAGGCCCCAGCCGGCUGGCUACAACCACCAAACCAGACUGCACAGAGAGAGAGCCUUCAACCAUGGACUGUCUGGUGCUGAAGACCAAGACUUUCACAUCCUGAUCCCAACCAUCCUGGGCCUUAUGCUCCUGGCACUUCUGGGGAUGGUGGUGAAAAGGGCCAUUCAAAGGAGGAAAGUUCUCUCCAGGAGAGUCCGCCGCCUGGCCGUGAGGAUGCGCGCCCUGGAGGCCUCCCAGCGGCCGCGAUUAUCGCAGCGGCCCCGAAUGUCGCAGCGGCCGCGCUCCCAAAACAUCUACAGCGCCUGCCCGCGGCGAGCUCGGGGAGCCGACGCUGCGGGCCCGGAGCAGGCACCUCUCCCAGGCCCGGGAGCAACGGAGCCCUCCGCCCCGCCGCAGGUGUCUGAAGCUCCCUGGUUCCAUGCCCCGUCCCUGAAGACCAGCUGUGAAUAUGUGAGCUGCUACCACCAGCCUCCUGCCAAGACAGAGGAUUAUGAUUCAGAUGACUACAUCAAUGUUCCCCGCCUGGCUCACCUCCCCAGCUAUCCUCCCAGGCCCAGGCCUUUGUGCCAAUGAGUCUCACCUGUCUGCUGAAUUCCAACACCUGUUCCAUCAGUUCUUGGAGUCCCUGUCACCUCUUGGAGUCCCUGUCACCUCUUGGAGCCCCUGUUAUCUCCCACUGCCCACAUCAACACUGGUCCCCAGUCUGUCUGCCACGAGUGUAGCUCUGUCCCCAGCUCCUCUUGCACAGAAGGUCAAGAAGGAGCCCUGGUAUUGCAGUGAUUAAGUGUUCGACUGCUAACCAAAAGGUUGGCAGUUCAAACCCACUGGCCACUCCACAGGAGAAAGAUGUGUCAGUCUGCUUCCUUACAGAUUUAUAG